AUGUCCGUUCCUGAUAUUGGCAAGCUGGAUCUCUCUGAUUCGGAUCAUGAAGAUCCCUUUGCAUCUCCAUCAAAAGCCCCCAAGUCAAGCCACAGCCGGAAUCCAGGGACAGCAGACCCCCGAAGCGCACCGGCGCAACAACGCAGUGGGGAGUCAAAGUACGAUGCUGCGCAAGCGCGUGAAGCGUCACUGCAGAAGGAGCUUGAGAGUGUGCGGAGUAUCAAUGAGGUCAUUGAGGGCGUAGUAUCAAGUCUAGAGACCGCGAAGGGGAAUAUGGAUACAGUAUCCCGUACGGUCACUUCGGCUUCUACGCUUUUAAAUACCUGGGUCCGAAUACUUUCACAAACGGAGCAUAAUCAAAGACUAAUCCUCAAUCCUAAUUGGCAAGGCGCAAGCCAGGAUGUCGCAGAUAUGGAAAAUGAGGUUGUACUGAAGGCACAAGCGGCGGAAAGGCGGGCAGCAGAGGAAGAGAGGAGACGGGAAGAAGCAAGACGGCGGGCAGAAGAUGAGGAAAGACAGCGGCAGGCUGGUACUGCUGUUCGGGGAGCUAGGGGAACCAGGGGAAGAUCAAGAGGUAGAGCUGUGGGACGAGGAGGUUUGAGCGGUAGCGGCUAUGCAGCUGGCGGAAACUCUUUAAGUAACUUGUCUGGGGGCCGAGGCGCGUCACAGUCCACACGAACUGGGUCAGGUUUAGGGAGGGGACCUGGCAGUGUGAGAGGUAGAGUACGUGGAGUCAGAUGA